ACGAGAGAAAGUGAAUAAUGAUGAGAACGUUGCCGGUGCACCGCUGCGCUACCCCUCAAAGCCACAAAAUCGACAUGAAACGAUGGAUACGAGCAGUUUAAUAUUCUUUCUACCACAGAGUAUAUGUAAUGAGUAUGCCCUUCGUCUUGUAUCGUUCCUUUCUUUCCCUCAGCAGAAUUCAAGCUCUGAUUCCCGCGCUCAAAAUCCGUCCGGACUGGCUCACUCCUUACGGCCUGCUCUUGGCAUCACACUCAUUUGAUUUUCUUUCAUUACAACGUAUUUCGAUAUGAAGGCUUCUUUCGCUGCGCUUGCCCUUGUGGCGUCUGCUUAUGCUAGCUACAACUACGACCCGGCCACCUCAGACUCCUCGUAUGAUGUAGAGUCAAACACUUCCCCUUCCUGGCCAUCUCAAUCUGAUCCAGGCUAUGGUACAACUGCGGACCCGACUUACGGAGACACGGACAACAGCUAUGGAGAUAAAUCAAGCGAGAUUGCUGCUCCCACUUGGUCGUCAUCGGCAGAUCCGAGCUAUGGAAGUACCACUAAUUCGGGUUAUGGUAGCGCAGCGGACUCUCACAGCGAUGAAGUAGAUCCUAGCUACGGCAGCGAGGUUUCCUCUACUGUCGCCUGGUAUGGCGGCGACUCCACUCCAACCGCAUCAGCUUCACCCGUUUGGUCGUCCGCAGUUGAUCCAAGCUAUGGCUAUAAUGCAUACAGUAGCUACCCUUCAACAAAGGCGGAUCCAACGUGGCCAUCGUACGGAUCAGUGAAAUCAUCGAGUUCUUCGUCACCAGCGUGGUCUGAUCCAACGUGGGACGCUGACGCUAAUGGUUACGGCAAAGUAACGCCCUCUGGAGAAUCGUGGCCCCAACCAACCUGGACUUCCACCUCCUCUGAAGACUGCGAAGAGUCUUCAACAACUAGCACCGUAUGGACGGAUACGACUUCUCCCGUAUGGCCUAAGCCAACCUGGUCAGCCGCUGAAUACAACAAGUGGACCGAGACUGCGGUGAAUACUUAUACCAAGGUUGUGGAUGAGCAAUGGGUUGUAGUGACAAGUACACGCACUAUCACGAUUGUAGCCACCCGCUCUCCUACCUGGUCUGCCUCUACUGACUCUUGGCCCACGCCAUCCCCUUCCGCAUCCGAUGUCUGGCCAGUUGCGAGCCCAUCCUGGUCCACGUCACCAGAUAUUUGGCCUGGAAAAGCCGCUGCUUCUUCUCCAUAUGCUCCAGUUUGGUCUGCUGCGUCCUCAGCCUGGUCUGCUGCUGCUUCACCAGCAUGGUCGGCGUCCUCUUCACCGUCAUGGUCUUCCCCAGCUGCGCCAGUGGCUCCGUACCCGACUGCGAACACAGUCGCUUCGCCAGUUUGGCCAGCAGGAACCGGUUCUAAAACAUAUAGCCCAGUUCUAGCGACUGUAAAUGCAGCUACUCAAAACGGCAUGGCAGGUGCAGCUAUCGCUGCUGCUGCAGUUUAUGUUUUAUUUUAAAUAUGAUUGGAGAACGAACUGAACAGUUGUACUUUCGACUAUAUGUCGCCACGCAUUGUCUCAAACCAUGCCAAGAGCAUGUACAGUUUUCGCUUCUGCAUAUAUACACAGUCGUGAGACUAGUUCUUAGACAAGUGGACAAUGGGUAAUUACGUACAUUGACCCCAUCCUUACUGAGUAUAUAGAUACUUUUCUGAAUUUGUAAUGUAAAGUUAUCCCUUUAUUUCAUACGACUCUAUAAUCAGCUCUCGACUUGCAUCUGCAUUGUACUUGAGCGGCGUAUAAAACAUGCCAUCCCUAGUCUUACCUCAAAUAGCAUCUUCCAAGUCCAAGUAUUGUAAUUAUCUCCAAGUUCGAAUGGAAAGCAUUCGUAUGUUAGCUAGCUUGAGUGAACAAAUAAUGAGCUCGAAAUCAUGUCCGGCUAUCGUAG